AAAAGUCACAGCGCUAUGGAUAACCUCCAGAAGAGGAAUCUCACUUUUUUUACCAUUGGACUAAUAUUUAUGCUCAGCGGCAUCGAGUACGCUGUCAUUCUGCCCACAAUAUGGCGGUAUCUCCAGAUCCUAGAGGCGCCUCCAUAUUUCUUGGGUCUGGGUCUCUCUGCUUUCAGUCUAAGCGGGCUUCUCACUGGACCGCUGUUUGGCUGCUGGUCAGACCUUAGCAGAACCACCAAGCCCAUGAUUCUUUUUGCCAAUCUUUUUGAGAUUGCUGGUAACUUCAUGUAUUUUAUUGGCUAUUCCAAGUGGCUCUUAGUAUGCAGUCGUCUUGUGACAGGUGUCGGUGCAGGAGCGGGAUCCUCAAUCUUCGGUUUCCUGACUAAGAGCACCCGGUCAGAAGAACGAGCAGGUGUCUUUGCGGCCAUCAUGGCCUGUCGACAAGCUGGUCUACUUGUGGGGCCAGCAUUCAACCUGUUUUUGCGACUGUGUGAUUUCAAACUUGGACCUUUUGUUGUCAACAAGUUUACAUCUCCUGGGAUCUUCAUGUGCUUGUUGUGGUUGCUGCUCCAGUUUGUGGUCCUGGCAAUGUACUGGGAUUUACCGGCCGUCGAGACCACAGAGGGGCCGGUCCCGAUGAUGGACUUGAAACUGGAGGAAGACGAGGAGGAUGAAGACGAGCCACUGAUUGGUCCGGAUGAUGGUAUGCGGGUGCACACUUACAAAGCUGUCAACUGCAACCAGUUAGAGUCCUCCACGUCCUAUGAAAUGAAGACCCUCCACGAGGCCUCCUCAAUUGGAUCCAAAGCGUUUGCUAACUUCAGCAUGAGUGGAGAGUUCCUGAGGGAGGAGGUGAUUGUUCUUCUCACGGCUCAGUUCAUCACUCUCUUCAAUCAGACUGCGCUGGAGACCAUGGUGACGCCUCUGACGCAGCGCUACUUUAGCUUUGACGAGCUGGGCAACAGUGUGAUGUACAGCCUGUGCGGGGUGGAAGUCAUCCUGGGCUUCCUCUUUGUUCGCUGGCUGAGCGGCAAGGUGGCCGACCGUGCAGUGCUGGCCGUGGGCCUGGUCAUCUGUUGCACCGCCUGUAUCUGGUGCCUCUUGUUCCUCUGCAACCUCCGAGGCAGCUAUGAGUGGAAGCUGUCGGUCUUCAUCGUUGGGGUCUUCCUGCAGCUGUUGGGGCUCCCGUUUGUGGCCGUGUCUCAGGUGUCUCUCUUCUCCAAAGUCACAGCGGAGAAAACACAAGGGUUUAGCCAAGGUGUAAGACGAUCCGUCGGGGGCCUCGCAACCAUCUUGGGUCCUUUGUGGGCAGGAGGCUUGACCAAUCAUUUGUACAUAAUGAUCGGCAUGAUGUUGGCUCUCCUCUUGAUGGUCGCAGUUAUGACGGCGUUGUCAUACAGCCGCCUGACUCAAAGUAGAGCUGCAGGGAGUGCGGGGAGCCCCGACAAGGGGGGAUGGACGGAAAGAGCCGGAAAGGCUCCAUACAGGGGGUAGACCCCUUCAUCUCAAAGAAG